GCCUGUCUGUGCUGGGGGGCAGGGAGCAGAGGUUAUGGCUCGGUGGGUGUUUGGGUGAAUCAUGACUAGGUCUCUCUUUUCCCAUCUGUUUGUUGUGGUUCUGACUCUCCCAUCACACAUUAACAUCCUGAUCAAUUGUUUUGCUGCAGCCCCCCCAGGAGCCUGGGUGUGUCCAGCCGGACCGAGGGAGAGAUGCAAGCUGGAGAACUAGAGUGCAGGCCCCAGCAGGGAUAGGCUGGUCCCUGAAGACAGAUCAGCAGCUCCUGGGUCUCCACAUCCAGGCUCCAUGAGAGAAUAUGGAAACAGCAGAGCCAACGGGCCCAAAUGCAGGGAAUGAGAUGGAGAGAGAUGGGAAGGAGCCAGUCCUGGGACCAACCAUCUCAGUAAGUCCUCGAUGGUCCCGCACAGGACGGCAACAGCUGAGGACUGAGCAGUGUGACAGGAUGUCCCAGUAUCGGAAAGAUCAACUUCAGGAGGAGCUACAGAGCUUACGGACACCUGCUGAGGUUGUGCCGACAUCAGUCCCUGCAUUAAAAAACCCUCCGCUGCUGGAUUUGACCCCAGAGGAGGAUAUUGAGGCCUAUCUGGCUUCCUUCGAGCAAGUGGCUGAAGCCUGCCAGUGGCCCAGAGGAGAGUGGGUGACCCGCCUUGUGCCAGCCCUCAGCGGAAAAGCUCGGCAGGCCAUUAGCAACCUGGAUGCCAGAGAUGCUGGAGAUUAUGGGAAGGUGAAGGCAGCUGUCCUGAGAGGGUGUGACAUUGGCAUGGAGACACAGCGCCAGCGCUUCAGGCAGUUCCGCUACCAGGAGGCCGAGGGGCCCCGGGCAGUUUUCUGCCGACUCUGGGAACUCUCCCAUCGAUGGCUGAAGCCAGAGAUCCGCACCAAGGAGCAGAUCAUGGAGCUGCUGAUCCUGGAGCAGUUCCUGACCAUCCUGCCAGAAGAAAUCCAAAGCUGGGUUUCUGAACAUUGCCCAGAGACGUGUGCCCAGGCAGUGUCCCUGGCUGAGGAUUUCCAGGUCACAGUGUGUGUGAAGGUUGAGGAUGUCACCCCAGAGGAGAUGGAUGCCCCUGAAGCAUUAUGGGAAUCUCAGAGCACCCAGCUGGAGCAACCACAGCCCCAUUCCACAUGGGGAUCCCCGAAGGAGGCAGCACUGAGGAAGUGUGAGCUGCCAGGCGCCACUGGAAAGGAGCCCCGAGUUGGACAAGAAAUGGCAGGUGCCAGGAUCCUGAGCAGGACUGAGGAGCAGCCUCACGGCGAAGGGCCUGAAAACCUGCAGCCCCCCAGCAUAUCACAGCAGGAUUCAGGAGAGAGCAUUAACCACAGACCUGAGCAAGAAAGAGCCUGCAAGAGGCAGAAGAGGAGCCCAGCGGGGAAUGAGCCAGAUCCCCUAGGGGAACGUGAGAGUGGAUUCAGGAGACUAAUCCAGCCUCCUGCAUUGGGGAGACCUCGGACCUCAGGGGACCUUCACCAUCAGAACAGCAUUCACAGGGCAGAGAAGCCCCAUAAAUGUCGAGAUUGUGGGGAAAGAUUCUGGGAGAAGCAGGCGCUCACAGCCCAUGGGAGAGUCCAUGAGAAGGACAGACCCUAUCCCUGUCCUGAAUGUGGAAAGAGUUUCAACAGACUGACUCAUCUCAAAACCCACCAGAGAACCCAUACGGGAGAGAAACCCUAUUUCUGUGCCGAAUGUGGGAAGAACUUCGGCCACCUCUCCACGCUCAUUACACACCAGAGGCUGCACACAGGGGAAAGACCCUACUCCUGUGAUGAGUGCGGGAAAACUUUCACGAACCCCUCAGACCUCAACAAGCACCAGCGCUCCCACACGGGCGAGCGGCCCUACCCCUGCGCCGAGUGCGGAAAGCGCUUCAGCCAGCUCUCCAACCUGACGAUGCACCAGAGGACUCACACGCAGGAGAAGCCCUACCCCUGUGCCGAAUGUGGGAAGAGCUUCAAGUAUCUGGCUUACCUCGCCAUUCAUGAGCGCUCCCACACAGGGGAACGGCCCUUCCCCUGCACCGAGUGCGGGAAGAGCUUCAGUAACAAAUCCUCUUUGGCCCGCCACCUGAGAAUCCACUCCAGAGCCGCAGCCAUGGACAACCUGUUUCAGCGGCGGUCACACGAGCCCCACAGCCGGCCGGGGAUGGCAAAGCCCAUCGGGGAGCAGCCGGCCGAGCCCGGCGCUGGCAGCACCAGGCACCGAGGGCCGGACCCCGGCCAACUGGGAAAAGGCCGAACCCCAAAACAGAGAGCGGUUGCAGAGCAGGCGGGCCAACAGCCCCUGCACCUCCAGGCUCGGCUGCAGCAGGUGGGGCCCACUAAAGCGAAAAUGGAAAAGCGAGAUCCUGUGGAACCAGGACCGGGCAAGGAAUCCGAGCGGGCUGCAAAAGAUCCCGUGGUGGCACCCCCCAUAACGGUAACUCCCAGAUGGUCACGGAUUAGACUACACCAGGUCAAGACGGAGCCACAAGAAGGGAUGUCCCAGCGACGGCAGGUGCUGCAGGCCCGACAGACCUCUCCUGAAAUUGUAUCCGCUCCAGACCCUGCCUUGGGAAACCCUCAGCUGCCAGAGCUCGAGCCAGAGGAUGACAUUGAGGUCUAUCUGGCUUCCUUCGAGCGAGUGGCUGAAGCCUGCCACUGGCCCAGAAGAGAGUGGGUGACCCGACUCCUGCCAUCCCUCACUGGAAAAGCCCAACAGGCCAUUAGCAGCCUGGAUGCCCGAGAGGCCCGAGACUACGGGAAGGUGAAGGCAGCCAUCCUGCGAGGCUGCAACAUCAGCACGGAGAUGCAGCGCCUUCACUUCAGGCAGUUCCGCUACCAGGAGGCCAAAGGGCCCCGAGAGGUCUGCAGCCGCCUGCGGGAACUCUCCCAUCGAUGGCUGAAGCCGGAGAUCCGCACCAAGGAGCAGAUCAUGGAGCUGCUGAUCCUGGAGCAGUUCCUGACCAUCCUGCCUGAGGAAAUCCAGAGCUGGGUCUGGGUACGUCACCCGGAAACCUGCGCCCAGGCUGUGUCCCUGGCAGAGGAUUUCCAGCUGGGACAGCGAGAGGCUGGAGUGUGGGAGCAGCAGGUCACAGUGCGUGUGAAGGUCGAGGAAGUGACCCCAGAGGAGGUGGAAACCCCUGAAGCAUUAUGGGAAUCUCAGAGUUCCCAGCUGGAGCCACCACAGCCCCAUACCACGUGGGGAUCCCAGGAGGAGGUAGGACGGAGCAAGUACAAGUUGCCACGUGCCCCUGAAGAGGAGACGGAAGCUCUACAGGAAACUGCAGGUGGCAGGAUCCUGAGCAGAGCGGAGGAGCGGCCCAGUUUGGGAGAGCAAGAAAACUUGGAUCUGUCCCGAACAUCGCAAGGUGGAUCAGGAGAGAGUGUCGCCCGCAGACUUGAGCAGGAAGAAGCCUGCAAGAGGCAGAAGAGAAACUCAGCUGGGAAUGAGCGAAUUCAGCCAAGGGUGUACCCACAGCUCCUUGCACAAGGGACACCUGGGACCGUAAGAGACCUUACAAGCCAGGAGAGCAGCGUUCACAUGAUGGAGAAACCCCACAGAUGUCGAGACUGUGGGGAAAGGUUCUGGGAGAAGCAGGACCUCAUGGUCCACGGAAGAGUCCAUGAGAAGGACAGACCCUAUCCCUGUCCUGAAUGUGGGAAGAGCUUCAACAGACUCACCCAUCUCCGAACUCACCAGAGAACCCACACGGGAGUGAAACCUUACUCCUGUGGGGAGUGUGGGAAAAGCUUUGGCCACCUUUCCACACUGACCACGCACCAGAGGCUGCACACAGGGGAGAGACCCUACUCCUGUGCUGAGUGUGGGAAAACCUUCACCAACCCCUCGGACCUCAACAAGCACCAGCGCUCCCACACAGGUGAGCGGCCCUACCCCUGCGCCGAGUGUGGGAAGCGCUUCAGCCAGCAAUCCAAUCUGACAAUGCACCAAAGAAGCCACACCGAGGACAGACCGUAUCCCUGCACCGAGUGCGGGAAGAGCUUCAAGUACCUUGCUGAUCUCACAGUGCAUGAGCGCUCCCACACGGGCGAGAGGCCCUUCCCCUGCCCUGAGUGCGGGAAAAGCUUCAGUAACAAAUCCUCUCUGGCUCGUCACCAGAGAAUCCAUGCUAGAGCUGCAGCCAGAAACAAGUGAGACCUGCUGGCCAAGAGCACCAGUCCAGCUGUGUGUGUAUAAUAACGUGAAGUAGAGGAAUGGAAACAGUUAGCGAAGGAACUUGGAGAAAUCAGCCCCCUUCUCCCAGUACCAAUUCCAUCCCUCCCUCACAGACCCCAUGAGGUGGAUUAAGAACCAUGAGAACAGAGGGUGGCUUCAUCUUAUGCUCUGAGGAGUCCCAGCCCCUGAAACCCCUGAGCAGGGACUGCUCCCUUACCUACCCUACUUAGCAAUUGAGCAGCCUGUCUCUCAUGUCCACAUGAACAUCAGUUAAUUUGCUCUGGUUUCCCUGUAGCUUCUCUAAGGGCUGGGCUGGGCUGGGCUGGGGCCUAUUACAGGCUCUGUAUUUCUGCUUCUUUUGGGAUGGGUGUUUGUAAUACCUAGGGACUUGCCUAGGCUGUGAGCAGGUCACUCGAGAUAGGGAAGGGAUUUCUCCCAGGGGUUGGGAGGCCCAAGAUCUCUCAGCUUCAUGAGGAAAAAGAACCAAAGAAUUCCUCAAGGGCUGCUGCUUAUGUCAAACUCACGAGGUGACAUCAGACCCAGCACUGCUGGGAACUGUGGAUCCAGGGGGAGGUGUUUGGCCACAUCUGUGUCAACCAGCUUUGCCGCUGUGGCCUGCACAACCACCCUCUUCACACUCCAGACUUUCCAAGCCGUCCAGUGUCCCUCUGUAACUAUGCCCAAAGUCUGCCGCAUCAUCCCAUCUCCUGAGAGGAACUUUCUGCUAUUUCUUGUCCCAAACUAAGGAUUUUUGUUUGCUAUGUAAUUAAUCGUGUGUGUUUAUUCAUUGCCUCAUUAAUUUGCUACUCCUGCCCUGCUCGCUGCCACGUUAACUCUUUAUUUACUGCUCUGUCUCUGCAAUGUGCUUUUUUUUUGUCCACAUUGUGUGACUGUUCAGCUGCCCAUCAGUACAACUGUCGCUUUAGCUGUUUCUUCUGAGAGUUUGAGCAUGUAGCCUUGAUCCUGCAAUGAGCUCUCCACAAGCAAGAUCAGGGCCUUAAUUUUUAUUGACUGACCUACCUCGUCUGCUGCUUUUCUGAAUUGCUGGUAUUUUUUAGUUGAAUCGUGUGAACAGUCAUUGUAAUUAAGUGAAUAGUGUUCAUUAUUGGUUAUUGCUCUACAUACUUAAUUCUUGGUAGUCACGUGACAUGGUCUAACUACAUUAUGUCCCUUAAUUAGC